UUCUAGCUGGACGGCGAAUCACCCAGCAUGCAAUGCGUUUCCUAAAUUUUAUCAGCGGGUGGCGAUCGUCUGCUGAAAAAUUCACCUCAAAAAAUCAUUGUUGGCAAGGAAAGCGGUGAAAGCACAAAUGGUUCUGCCACUUUACGAAACCAAACCUGAUCAGCUCAACUGUGAAACUGAAUGCUGAUAACACACACUUCAUUUUCGGAGUGACAGACCUGCUGAUGUAGUGUUGACAGCAGGAUUUUGGUGGUAAAAGUCGCACGUAGUUGCCUGGCUGGUUUGCCUGCUCUCUGGAUGAGAUUUCUGUCAGCCACUUAUCACCAUCUCCCAAUCGCCCCAAAGCUGUCACUGUGACAUUUGUUGUGGUUGUAGGCCUACGUGGACUUGUACAAACAUCGGGGGUACAUGCUGCUUGUCAGUAUGGGCAAUCAUUAACUACUGAGUUUCCUGCAGGCAGGAAUAUCUCUGGAUCACUCAUGGAGGACGCCGAUACCAAAGAGAGAAGACAACGUCUUCAGCUUCAGAAGAGACAUUCGCAGCCAGAGGGAAUGGAGGCAAUAUCAGAAGCUGUAGUACUGACGGGCAGCCUGGCCUCGUCCAUAGGCACGGGGGCACCAGACGAAGCAGACAAGAAAUCCCCCAAGCUACUGCCGUUGGAUCUUCAGAAGAUAGGCCAGAGUGUGGAGAAGGAACCAGGGAAGAUUGAAGGGUACCUGCUGAAACGGAGGAAACGGCCCAUGAAAGGAUGGCACAAGAGGUAUUUUGUCUUGGAGAAAGGAAUGCUGACAUAUGGCAAAAACUGUGGAGAGCUGAUGAAAGGCAAGAUUCAUGGCACUAUUGAUGUCCUGUCAGCGGUCAUCUCAACUGAGAAAGAGGAAGAUCGUAAAGCUAGGAGGAUUGACAUCGAUACGGAAGAGUUUCUCUAUCAUGUCAAGGCCACCUCCCACGAGGAGUUCCUAGCCUGGCACAACCACCUCCUCCUCCACCAGGGCUACCGCAAGCAGGUCCAGAUGGCCGAGGAGUCCUUAGGUACGGCCCGUGGCCCCACCCACCCAGCGGCUAGCCCUACCAGUGAGAUCACCCUCAAGGCUAUGACCUUAGAGCGACGUCGGCUCAGCCUACGCAAGCAGAUGUCUAAGUAUCGGCUGCCGGGACCGGUGAACUCACAGAACUCCGGCAGCUGGAAGACGGAAAUCUCUGAGUUGGACAAGUGUUCCAAAGAGUUGACUGAGGCUGAGAAUAGCAUCGUGAUGUUGUCCAACAUUAUCCAGGAUCUCUUGAACCAGGAGUUACCAUUCCCAUACGGUGCUCAGGAACCAGAGGUUGAUGAUAUCGUUGGUCAGAAGAGUCGAUCUAAAGGAAAGCUGUCGCUGCGCAAGGGGAAAAACAAGAAAACUGCCAGUGAUCCCUCUUUGGGGGAUGUAAGGCGUUCCAGCGGCUCUGCAACGCUCAUUCCAGGCAACUCAUCAGGUAAUGACACCAUGCAUUCCACCGCAUCCGCCAAGCAACUCCAAGAAGAGUCCAACCCUAGAGAUGACUUCAUGGAUAUGGCUAAUCAAGUUCAUAGGAUACUGAAAGGUGUGCUGCAUCUACUAUCGGUCCAACAUGACAGAUUGCGCAACGUGAUAGAAUCCCAGAACAGCGCAGGGGGAGCAGCCUCGCAGUCUAGACAGAUCACAAUACUACAGGAAGCAUUGGCGAAGGCAAGGGGUCAGAAUGAAGACAUGAGGGGGAGACUGUCUCGGAUCUAUGCUGAAUCAAACAUUGAAGAUCUCUCACCGCCCAUCAAAUCAGACACUGAACUCAUGGGUGGUGGAGCACUAGACACCCUACUGAUUAAGCUAAACCGCAGUCUUAGUGGAGACUUUGAGGAUGGUAUGGUCACAGCUAAGCCAUACGCCCUGUCCCCUCAGCUGUCUGAUGAGAGAGAGAUGUCCCGCUCAGAGUCCUUGCUAGAGUUCUACGAUGCACUGGAGUAUCCCGCCUCGUCCACCGCAUCAUCCUCGGAAGAUGAGGAAGAGAUCGAGAGCUCUUCUCUUGCCAGUGAGGAGGAGGCAGAAAUGAUGGAAGAGGAUUUCCUAGACUUGGAGGAAGAAGACUCGGAAGGUUUAGGCAAGUCACAGACGGGUCGCAGGACACAGCUCCCAGCCCCUCAGCCCGACACCAGCGGACUGAGUCUAUGGAAUAUCCUCAAGAAGAACAUCGGCAAGGAUCUGUCCAAGAUCGCUAUGCCGGUGGCGCUGAAUGAGCCACUCAGCAUGCUGCAGGUCUUGACCGAGGAGCUUGAGUACAGUGAGCUACUAGACAAGGCAGCAGAAACCGAUGAUCCCUACAAGCGAAUGGUCUAUGUGGCAUCCUUUGCUGCCUCCAGCUAUGCCUCCACCUACUAUCGGGCCGGCACCAAGCCGUUCAAUCCGCUGCUAGGGGAAACCUAUGAGUGUGUGCGGGAAGACAAGGGAUUCCGAUUUGUGGCAGAACAGGUGUCGCAUCAUCCACCCAUCUCAGCCUGCCACUGUGAGAGCAAGAACUUCAUCUACACCCAGGAGGUCCGCAUUAAGACCAAAUUCUGGGGCAAGUCCAUGGAGAUCAUUCCAGCUGGUACCAUCAACAUCAGAAUCCCCAGGUACAAUGAUCACUACAAGUUCAACAAGGUGACAAGCUGUGUGCACAACAUCCUGAGCGGUGAGCGAUGGUUAGACCACUACGGGGAAUGCCUCAUCACUAACGGUCGCAUCAUCUGCAAACUCACCUUCACAAAGGCAAGUUACUGGAGUAACAGACGGCAUGAAGUCCACGGUGUUAUCACAGAUGAUGGUCAGGUAGUCCAUGAACUCUUCGGCAAAUGGAAUGAAGGAAUCUACUGUGGAAGAUCAGCCUCAGCCAAAUGCAUAUGGCGCACGGGUUCCAUGCCAGAGAAUCACAACCUCUACUAUGGCUUUACACGGUUUGCCAUUGAACUCAACGAGUUAGACCCUUACACAAGCCACCUGCUACCUCCCACGGAUUCAAGGCUUAGGCCUGAUCAAAGGAAACUAGAAGAUGGUGAUGUCAUCGGGGCUGAGCGAGAGAAGCAGAGGCUGGAAGCGUUACAGAGGGAGAGGCGGAAGUGGAGGGAAGAGCAAGGCACCACUUAUGAACCCAAAUUCUUCAGAUUCUCUAAGGAAAAUGGCAAAGAAGUGUGCGUCUUCAAGAAUGAUUACUGGGACCUGCGGCGAGAUCCUGGCUUCAAGAACGUAAGCACCAUGGAACUCUGGUAGUCCUGCCAACUUGACCAGACUGCCCCUUGGACCCACAAGAUGUUUGGCUGCCCCAGGGCCAAGAUGUAUUGGCUCAUCGAGAAACUGGCUGCUAUGGUACGAGCUCCUUGCAUAGACCUGCCACCACCACCUUGGAUACAAGAACUCUUUGCUACCGUGACACAAAUUCCAUCUUAUAAACACCGGUAGUUGGAUUCGACCCAGCCAGCCGACCCUGGUAAGCUCGAUGGUCGAGUGGUAAGACGUCUGAACUAAUAAGCAGGGGGUCGUGGGUUCGAGUCCCAUUCAAGUAGUUGGUGAUGUUUUUCUCACAUGCCCUCGGACAACACUGUGAACACAGUGUUUAUAAUAAUUUUUUGUUAAAUACAUCGGUGAAGGGCAAAAACCAUUAUUAAAUUUACCCCAAGACUGUGUAAAAAUAAGUCUGACGCCAAUAACUGUAGCAUCUGUGACUAGAGAAACUAGGGGGGCAUAGCACCCUCGGCUUUGCCUUGGGUGCUAUGCGCCCCUCGGGUGUUCAAAACGUCAUAUCCCACAUCACAGCAGUCGACAAUUGUUAAAUAUACCAUGAGAGCUACUGGUCUUCUACUUUCAUUAUUUUUUUCUCCUUAACCAAAGAUUGAAAGAUUGUGAGUCAUUUUUUAAGACGGCAAAUAGGUCGCCAGCAAGUAAAGCCCAAUUAACUAACUGAGUUUGUAGAAUCUCACCAUGUGUCUCUUCGAUAUUCUCCCAAAACAAAGUGAACAAUGUUGUGUCACAAGUAAUGCUAUACAGCAUUUUAACUACUGUUGGAAAGCAUAAGUGUGCUGUCGUAAUUAAAACUUCAUGUAGCAGCUAAUAGAAAAAUUAACAAAGGUAUUUUUUUUUCCUAUUUUUUUUUCAUGCCUCAUGUCAGCUGAACAUGUACAUGUAGUUUCGUUUUAUCCCAUAUGCAAGUAUGUAACUCCAAACGUAUGUACCUUCUGCUAAAUAUGUAUUUUAUAACAUAGUUUGUACAAAAAAAAGCCCAAAGUUUUUAUAACUGUUGACCAGUUUAUUUUCAUUGUUGUUUCCCGGUAUAGCUUAGGAAAAAAUUGUAAAAACUGUGUAAUCUAUGUGUUACAUGUUUCAUGUUACAAGUAUUGUUGAAUGACGGUAUUAAGCAGUUAAAGCAGUGAUGCUGUUUGUAACAAAAAAAUUGAAAGUGUUUCCAAUUAAGCAAUUCGUUUAUUAAAGUUUCCCUUGUUAAGAAAUAGAAACUGCAUUCCUGUGUAAUAAAGAAUUAAACCUUUGUAUUUGUGGUAAACAAAAUCCCUCUGUUCUUUAAGAAACGGGCUUACUUAUACAAGUUAUAGCAUUCUCAUUCAAAAACAAACGUUGAAAAGGCACAUUGUGUGGAACAACAUGCAAUAAUCUUUUUUUUUUAGCUUCCAUAGUCCUGAUAUGUAUCAAAUAGUGAAUAGUAAUAGGGAAUAGUGAAUGUAGCAUUAAGCUAGUGUCUCGAUCAAAAUAUAUUGGCUCAAUUUCAUUCCCCUCCAUACCGCAGCUUGGUGAUCUCCAAUCAAAGGCGGCUAUAAACGUCGCAGCUUAACUAAUUUCGGAUGGUUCCUCAAUGAGUGUGUGUGAUAUACCACACCACGGAAACUAAUGAUGAAAUACGUUCAUAACACGGUGUGCAGUCGACCUGCUUGAUACAUUCUUACGCGUGGAUACUUAAUUAAUGAGAUACUGUAUUGUGCAUGAUAAUGUACAUGUAAUGUCCAACACUGCACAAAUUGGGUUGUACAUGUAGAUGUUACACCAGUAUUCCAAUAUGUUCAUCUCUUAAUAUUUCUUGGACGUGUAGCUCUAUCAUUAUUAUUGGGUGUUCGUUCAAUAUCACAGUUUUGCAGUGUAGGCCUACAUGUAUAAAAUCAACAACCGUACUAUACCAUCAACUGUCUUACAAAGAAUCUGUUUUCGACUUUUCGGAUCUAUUUUAAUUUUGGAAAUAUAAAGGCACAUAGAGAAGCGUAAGACGAUUUUCUCCCCAGAAACUGAGCUCGACACUUUCUUAUCACUAGAGUAAAAGAUCCCUGUAAAAACUGUAUCUGAAAAGAUUUUAGGUUGGUCCUAAAAUAGUCAGCUGGAACCAAGUGAAUUCACUCUCCCUUGACUCCCUUUUAAGAUUGUUAUUUGUGUUCUACAAGUCUGAGCAACUCUUCCAUCGGGCAUCAGCCGCCAUGUUGAUCGUAUGCUUUAGUGAUAUAUAUUCUGUUAGGCAAAAAUUAACAUAACAGUAAUUACCUGGUGCAAUUGUUUUAGAUUUAUGUUCAGAACAAACUGCCAACGGUAUGUUUAAUUUCAAGAACAAGUUAUAUGUUAGUUAUUUUGAUAUUAACUAGUAUUGUCUCCGUGUGUAUAAAGAGAUACAAUACAUAUAGAUUGUAUACAAAAUAUAUUGGCGAUUUUGCUAUUAUUGAACGGUACUGGCAAACAAUGAUAGGCCGUAUAAUUUGGGAAAACCUUUUCUUUUCGCGUGGCAGUAUUAUCUGAAAAAAGUAUAAUUUUCUUUUUCAUAGCGAAACUCAGGAUCUUCCAGUUGAUAAAGAAAAGAGAAGAAUAGAUCUUCUGUCUGGACAAGUUUCAAGUUUCUUACAUGCCGAGACUUGUUCACAAUUAUCCAUUAUACGAUUUUGAACAUUUUUGCAAAUCUACUGUCGCAACUUUUACUACUUUUGUUGUGGGUAUAUAUAGACGAAUCCGAGGACGCGAUUAGUGUACACUCAUGGGGCCCCUUUCAAUGGAGAAACCAUUGUGCAUGCUAUUGAAACAAAGCUACUUCCUUGUGACGGACUAUCUGAACAAUAGCUAGCACAAUGCUUUCGCCAUUGAAAGGGGCCUUCGUGAUAGAAUUGAUACCGUGCCCAGAUUGGUCUACACAAUGUAAAUCAACUCUUCCAAUAGUUGCAACCACAUUAUGACUUGAAUGUGUUAUGAAAUGUUAUUAUCUGUUAACAACAAUUUUGUUCUUCGGGUAGUUUUUUCCCACCGGUAUUCCAUUUUGUGUGGUUAUAAUGUCGUUUGUGUACAAAAAUAAGCCCGUUAUUUGGUGUUGACUGUUGCUAGAAAGUUGAUAACUUUUUACGUUGUAUAAAAUAACAAAGCGAAAUUCCGGACUGGAGGGUAUUAAAAUGAGCCGCGGAAAUGGAUUGGAAAAAAAA